UUCAUUAUUCAUUAUAUCUCAAAUGGAUGUACUGGUUAAAAUUUAUAAACAUUGUACCGUGUGUUUACAUUUUUUGAUGUCAAUAAUUCACAAAAUAUAAAUGGAAGACAAUCUUGACAAUGCACAGAAGUACUGGCGCGCUCAAGCAACAUUCGAAGCAAAGAAAAAUCGCCAGGUGCGCUAUCAACAUGGAAAAGGCCCUUGCAAUAUUUUCAUAUUAGAUACAUCUUCAAGUCUGGGAAUAGAAGGAUUUAUACAAAUGAAAAAAACGUUCUCUACUAUUAUUGACGAGUUUGCAAAGCAUUCAGACAUCGAUGAGAACGUCGCUAUUAUUGUUUGUGGACUACAAACUAAGGUUCAUCGGUAUUAUUCCAACAAUUAUGAUGAUAUAAAACAUUCACUGGAUGACGUUGAGUUUGGUGGAUCCUCUCCCCUAACAGCUGCAUUUUUCCUCUCACUUGGAUGUAUUCAAGAAGGGGCCGGUCAUACAUAUAAAAUGGGAGAAUAUGAGGUUUAUCCAAGAAUAAUUCUUAUUUCGGAUGGAAGACCAACUGACUUUACAAAUAUCACUGGAUCAGAUCUUAAUGGCGAAGAAUCUCCGCACAAUUAUAUCGAACGUGACAUAAAUUAUUUACUGCAAGUGACGAGAAAAAUCGGUUGGACAAACCCAAUUUUUUGCAUUCCUGUAGGAAGAGACCCUGAUAUAACAACAUUAGAAUAUAUAAGUAUCGAGUCACGAGGAGGAAAGAUUGUUCGUUCAGAUGAUGCAGCGCAAUUUGCCAAAUACUCACGAAAUAUAAGAACAGCGUCGAUGUUGUCUGUUACAAUGGAGAAUGAUAGCAAUAAAAAAGAAGAAAUUUUGAUGUCCCUGGUGUGUACGUUUCCCAACAGAGUGUUUACAGAGAUGGACCAGAACGACAUAAUUGAAAUAUGUUCGCGAAAAUCAUCAUAUAGGCCUCCUGAUGAGAAAGAUAAGAUCGAGAAGGAUAUGGACCCUCUCUUUCAAGAACGAAACCCUCAAAUGCCUCCUUUGGGUUCAAGGGUAAAACGAGGACGAGACUGGCGUUAUGAAAAUCAGGACGACUAUGGUCCUGGUACCGUUAUUGGCCACUCUAAAAGGGACGAGUGGCUGAUUGUAGAAUGGGACACAGGGUUAAGAUGGCCAUAUAGAUUUGGAACUACAGGUACACCAUCAGAUAAAUACGACGUAGAGCUGUGCUGUGAUCCACGUGUAUUGGUCAACGAAUUAAUUGCUACAGGCUGCCUCGUCACAAGGGGGAAAGACUGGGUUUGGGGAAAUCAAGAUGAAGGUGAAGGAAAUAUUGGCUCAGUUCUUACAGUGGAAAGCUCUGGAGCAGUAGGUGUGCGAUGGCCACAUGGCUUAAUUAAAACUUACAGAUUUGGACGUGAUGGGUGCUUUGACCUGGAAAUAAUUAACCCAUUCUCGCCAGAAGCUACCAAACAUCUGAAAGAUCAAAUGCGUAAAUGUGUGCAUAAUCAUUCUGAGGGGGCUCGGACGGACGCUAGUGAGGAUUUCGAAAAAGCAUCAAGUUUGUCCACUAAACUGCGUGUAGAAGGUGAGAAAAUGCCAAACGUUGACUCGUUUGUUAAACCAAUUCUUCCUGUUCCAAAAGGAAAAUACUUUAAAAAUAAUAAAACCUUGGACAAAUCAACUGAUAUCGAAAUGGAUGGCCCGAUAUUUAUACCUGCAAUAAAACAAUGGUGGUGGAAAGAUAGCAAAGAAGAAUGGUAUCCAUUUCCAAAGGGGGAAAAUGAAAGGAUUAACCAAUGUUACGAACGUUACCCUAAGUCAACUGUUGUUGUCUCAAUCCAAAACCAGUCUUACAGGGUUGUGAUGGCAAAAGGAUUACAGAUAAAUCUGACAACAAAAGAAGUUUUCCAGAUAAAACUCGUAAAACACGGGUCAAGUCCUUGACAAAAAAAUCAACGAAUUCAACAGUAUUAAUUCUAAUGAGCUUGGUUCGAGAAAAAAUUAAAAGAUAUUUGGCGUACUUAUUUAAAGGUCUGAAUGAUUUAUAAUGAAAUAAAAACUCAUUACAUUUGAAAACUAUGCAUCACUGAUAUGUUUGCAAUCUGAGAGCGCCUUCCUGAAACAAACUACAAUAAGACAAUUAUCAUUUAAGAGGACUUUGAUUUGACCUUUUUCAUUGACUAAAGACCACUGAAAAUGCAGAGGUUAAAUGAGACCUAUCUUGAAGACGAAGUUUUCGUCUUAAUUGGGUGUCAAAGGAUCAAAUGAGGUGAUAAGAAAACCGUCUUGCUCAUACUCAGACCAAUUUUGGAAUAUGUUCACACAUGCAACCAUUAGUUGUAGAAUAAUAAAACAAAGUUAUAGAGAUUAAGCAUCUAACAAUAAAUGUUUAGAUCUUCGACAUUUUUUUAAAAUCAUUUAUCAAAGAUAAGAUAAGAAUCAUUGUAUCAGAGUUUAAAAAUCUUGCGGUAAGUCCAAAAUUAUCAGUGUUGUCGAUGCAAAGGAUAAAUAACCAUAACUAAUUAAAAUCAUUUUUGUAAAAGCACAAUUGUGUAUAAAUAUAUACCUUAUUGCAUCUUCUCCAACUUUCAUUAUAAUUUUAAUGUUGCCAAUAAUUGCAACGAAGGAGGUUCAAAUAAAUAUAAUUGUCAUGUUU